AUGCAGCUGCUAAUGUUACUGCUGUUUUUCGUUCCUGAAACGAUGGCGAUAAGAAAAGUUGAACACCAUUGUAUUCAUGCCGAAAGUAGAGUACAGCGGCUAAUUAUAGGUAAUACUAACACUUCUGCAUACUCGCAUGAAAGUAACAACAACAACAAGAGGAAGAGUAAUAAUAAUAAUGAUAACGAAGAAGAAGAAAAAGAGGGAUUGAAUACCGGGUAUGAACACCAGAAAAGUGAUAAUGCAAGAAAAAGUUUACAGGGGUCCAAGUCAAAAUCACGUGUUAAACGUUUCAACAUUGCACGCCGUAAUAAGAAAUUAUCCAACAAGAAGGAUAAUGAUGGUAAGAUCAAAUUAAAGAAUGGUACAGAAACAUGGGAACCACUUCGCAUCGUUGUAGACACGAGUCUUCUUGUGGAUCCCAGUAAGAUAUGUACGGCUGUAGGUCAAGUUCGAACUGAUUUUAUGGGAUCCACGCAUACCUGUCUCUCUCAAGAUAUAAUGACAUUAGAGAAAGUAUGGAUUAUUGAGAAUGUCGCAUUACCUCUGGCCAUUUACCGUGUACAACAGCUUUUGAAUGUAAAUCCUCUUCAGGGACCAUUAUUAGUUACAAAGAAUAUAUGUGGUCCUGAUGUUACUAUUCCAGAAAGUCAUUCUACGGUUGGAGUGUUGGAUGCGGAUAUGAUUCUCUAUGCUCAUGCUGGUGGUAUGGAUAAUUCAGCCACUCCAGGUGUAAUGGGAACUAUUGCCUGGGCUGCGCAUUGUGAAUUAAAUGAAGCUGGACGCCCAAUAGUUGGUCAUAUUAAUUUUGUACCCUCUUUUAUUCAAUGGUUUGUUUCUGGAUGGGAAUAUGAAUAUUAUGUUCGUAUUAUUAUACAUGAAUUACUACAUGCUUUGGGAUUUACACCAACCUUUAUUGAUCCUAUGGUGAAUAUAAGUGAACGACGGGGAAAGUCGGUUCACCUCGUCACUGCCCCUGCUGUUAUUGCCGCAGCUCAAACACAUUUAAGUUGUCCAACACUAGACGGUGUGGAAUUAGAAGAUGAAGGUGGAAGCGGUACGGCCUGGACCCAUUGGGAACGUAGAGGAUGGAUGGAUGAACUAAUGGCUGGAAUCCCUUCUCGAGCAGCCAUUUCUGCUCUCACACUUGCCUUUUUCUCAUCUCUUAAUUUAUAUACAGUCAAUAUGGAAUAUAAUGAGACGAUGUCAUGGAGUUAUCAUGCGGGUUGUCCUUUUCUGGAGGAGAGAUGUGUAGCGAAUGCCCAACGAAUGGGAUUCGAGUGGUGUAAUGACACUUCCACAGCACAACUCUGCACAUUUGAUCGCUUGGCAGUGGGAUUGUGUAAUACGGGUUUGGUUCCAAAUUUACCGCCGUAUUUUCAAUACUUUCCUGCUGAGCCAAUGCGUGCAGGUGUGACACCAUUGAUGGAUUACUGUCCUAUUGUAGUGGGUUAUGGUAAUCGUCAAUGUACACAGCCUGUCGAAUCCACAAGUGAUGAUGCCCUUUAUGGAUUUUACUUUGGAACCCAAAGUCGUUGUGUUCCUACGCAUAAUAUGGUGAAAAAAGGUUACACCAUUGAUGAUAAUAACCCACGUUGUUUAAUGGUAAGAUGUCGACUAGGGAAACAAGUAGAAGUCUUUGUUGGUUCUUAUUGGCUUGAAUGUCCUGCUGAUGGGAGUGCGGGAGUUAUCACUAUUCCAGCUUAUACGGGUUACAACGGGGAGAUACACUGUGAGCGUGCAGAAAAAGUCUGUUCAUCUACUCUAUUUUACAAUCCAGAUUCCGCUGCAUCGGCAUCAACUGUAGAUGAAGGACCUUUGCGAGAAUACGCAUUAGAUGUUAUUCUUCUUCUUAAUACAACAGUAAGUGGGAAUAAAAGUAAUGUUAUGCAUACAUUGGGUCGUAUGGCUACUGUAGAGCCGGGUAUGUUUUUCAUUCUUCUUCAAGAAGAAAUUACCACACUGUGUAAGUGUAAAUUGGGAACUAGUAAUAUUCGUAUUUUACCAGAAUAUGCCUCUGCAGCUGUAGUGAAUGGUGGGAUUGUGGUGAACUUUCAACUUGGAUUAAUGAUAGGAGCGGGAAGUGCAACGAUUGAGAAUAUGCGGAAUAUGUAUGAAUCUAAAUUUAUGGUGAAUAGUGUUUUGAGUCGUAUAGGAGCCUAUAUCACGGAAGAGGAAAAGGAGGAAGAAGGUGGUAUCUUUACUGUGACGAUAGCCUCUUCGGAAAUACUUCCUGAGGCAGUGAUUGUAGAUGAGAUCACAUCAUUAGAUCAAUUGGUGGCAUUAGGGGAAAUUCAUCUUCACUGUAAAGGUGAUUUGACUGGAAUGCCUUCGUUAACCGAUCAGAAAGUAAUUACACUUUUGGAAAAUGCAGUACGGCAGGAUAUAUCUCAAAUUAUUCUUCUCACACCAAAUCUAAUAGAAGUGAAACACUUGCAGAUUACAGGAUCUACCGACUUGUUGAUUACCUUGACGGUAUAUUUUCCUCCUGUUGCCGAUGGAAUUGGUGGGAAUGAAAAUAUUUUACAUUUAUGGGAACAAUUGCUUAUGAACUCAACAACUAUUACUAUUACUACUACUAUUACUUCUAUGCCUUCACCGCUUCCUGUUCUUACAUCUACUGUUCAAUUUCUCUCUAAAGGUGCUCCUGUAAGUGUGACUGAUAAUAUCAGUUCCAGUAGUGCCUUGUCGUUGUUCUCUGCUGAUGUGAGUGAAGUGCAACCAGAUUCUACGGGGGACUCACGGUGUGUUGUGCAGUUUACGGGUUGCUUUGCUGUUCAAAUAGUAAUAUUGAUUAUUCUUAUUCUUAUCGUUCUUAUUAUGAUUGUUGUGUUUUUGAAAUUAUGUCUUUGUCCGAAGCCAAAGUGGCGUAUUCAAGUUGAAACCUGCGAGUUGGUGGUACCUUUACAAGAAAAGUAUCGAUGA